AUGCUACAUCUGAAAGGGAUGCGGUUUAUGCUUGACUGAGCUCUCCAGCAUCAGGGGUGCUCAGCCAAUCAGACGGCACUCCCGGUGUCUCCCUGGCUCUUAAUUGGCUGACACUUCCAGCAAGAGUAGCUGAUCUACGCGUGGAGCCUGGGUUUAUCAGCCAGUAGGCAGAAGCAGGGCACACAGUGAGAAAAGAAAGAGCAAUAACGGGGUGACUGUUGCCAGAGAUAAGUGCUACUGAAUCAAUCAAGAUGAAUCACAGCUCCAACGAGAAAGAACCUGAGACCAUAGAGCCACUGCGUUAUCUCAGUAAAGCAGAGGUGGCGACUGUUGAGACUGAGCUCCUGAGGGACUAUCGCUUUGGGCAGCAGCAGCUGAUUGAAAUAUGGGGCCAUGCGUGCGCUAUUGCCGUCACCAAGGCUUUUCCUUUGAGCUCUUUGAGUAAAAAGCAGCCCACCCUGCUGGUUGUUUGUGGUCCUGAGCAGAACGGCUCUAUCGGUCUGGUGUGUGCCCGCCAUCUGCGUAUAUUUGAAUAUGAGCCCACCAUUUUCUAUCCCAAGCGUUCUCCUCAGAGUUUGCAUCAGGACUUCACCGUUCAGUGCGAGAAAAUGGACAUCCCUUUCCUGUCCUAUCUUCCGACGGAGGUCCAGCUGUUAAAUGAUGCCUAUAAUCUGGUGAUCGAUGCCAUCCUGGGACCAGAAACUGACCCUAAAGAGGUGAAGGAGCCCUAUGCUGGGAUGCUGGUGACUCUCAAACAGGUCAAAAUACCCAUCGUUAGUGUGGACGUGCCCUCAGGUUGGGAUGUUGAUGAACCCGCCAAAGAUGGGAUAAAUCCAGAAGUUCUCAUUUCUCUGACAGCUCCCAAAAAGUGCGCAACAGGAUUCUCAGGAAAACAUUUUCUGGCGGGACGAUUCCUGCCCUAUGACAUUCAGAAAAAAUACGAACUUAAUCUGCCAGAAUUCUCUGGCACGGAAUGUGUUAUAGAACUGUAGCCGUUUAUACAAACCUGUAUUUUGAAUAACAAGGAUGUUUUUCCCCUUUUGUAUUUUAUAGAUUGUUCUGUGGCAUUCAGUUACUGACAAAUAUGACUAGAUUGGGUAGUUAAGGUGAGUUUUUGCUGCUAAGAAGUGGGUUUAGAAUUAUCUAUUUAAUUUUGCAAAUGUUCGACUUGACCUGUUGAUUCUUCAAAAUCGCCAAUACAAUUUUGCUCAAUAUACGUAAAUCUUUUAAAUGUUGGAUAUAUUGAAAGUGCAUUACCCUGAUAGUGCCUCCAGUCCAAUGUGCACGACACCUACAAAUCCAAUGCAUUUCUGCUGGAAUUUUACUCCAAUACAAGUUUAUUCACCUGUACUUUUUGGGUAAAGUUGUAUAGUAUAUAUCUGAGGCUGACAAACAUGUGUAAAUCCUUUUUUUUUUUUGAUUAUACAUUCCUCAAUGUACAUGUGUUUUCUUAGUUCAUAUAGGUUGAAUGAAUAAAUUAUCUAUGUAAAAACUGUGUAUAUUCAUUUAGACGCCAAAUUCGGCUGUUUAAAGAAACGUUGGAUGUUAUUAUUUAGCCAAACCUUAAAAAAUGUACUCUAUUAGCCAGUAUUUGGGAACAAGCGGUAGCUACGAUAUUCUUUAGACCAUACAGUAUAUUAUUUCUUCCCAGAGAUUUAUUCAAAAGGCAGGAAAAGGUGUGGGCGAUAUAAAGGAAUGUUUCUGUCUAAAGAAACAACAGUUACAGUAUGUGGACAGGAAUACCCAAGCAGCGUAAUGAUUCAUCACUAAUGCUGUUUCAGGACAUUGUGUAAACUCGGAUAUAUUCAUCAAAAGGUGGACAUGAAAUCAUCCGGAGAUCAUAUUUCUUAGUCUGCCAAUAAACAUUUUACAUUUCUGUCCACCCCUCUGAAGGCCAAAAAGUAUG